AAGUCGUCUUGUAGUUUUUGGCGCUCAUCUUGAAGAAAAAGCGUCCAACUCCUAGCAAUGAGUUACCGCCCUGUUCCUCCUUACCCACCACCAGGGACGCCACCUCCGUAUCCUCCGCCACCAGGCUACCCACCUCCACCACCGCCACCAGACUUCCCACCUCCGCCACCACCUGGGCCUCCACCUCCCCCUGGCUACCAAGGCUAUUUCUAUGAAGGGUACCCACCACCACCACCACCUCCUCCUCCACCACAACCUGAGGGCCGAGAUGACACUGGCUGCUGUUCCUUUCUAAAAGGAUGUUUGGCUGCAGUUUGUUGCUGCUGUUUGUUGGAGAAUUUGUGCUGCCUCUAGGCCUCUGCAUCCAACACUCAAUUACCCUCAAGUGUUCCCAUACUUUGUAUUACAAAAUUAAACUUCGUAUGCCUUGAUUGCAUACUAUCUGAUCUAUGUGCUGAAUUCUAAGAUUCUCUAUAUUU